AUGUCUCUCCUGCGCCCCACUGUUCAAAUUGCUGAACGCAGGCCACUAGCCACUUGUCUACCGCCUCCUGAGGACCCUGAUUCCCAACCGCCCAAAAGCAAGAGGCUCUGUCUUGAAGAGCCUGGCGGUGUCCCUGAGGAGAGAUGGAGGCUGCCUUUGGUGUCUCGCUUGUCUGAGGUAGAAAAAAUUGGGGAGUUGCUGCCUAGAUCCUUCGAGGCACUCUUUAUUUCAACUAAUGUGAAUUGUGAUUACUCCAUAGACACCUGUGUGGCACAGUCAGCUAGUGGGAGGCAGAUAUGUCAUCUGGGAUGGCAAAAGAGCAAAUUUCAGAUGAAUAGCUGUUUGCGUUCUCUCUCCUCACAAAAGUUUGCCUAUGAUUUGAGGGCUUCCGGAAGACCUUUUGAACAAGAACUGAAUGAAAAAGAGGUUUUCAGCUUGCACAGCAACGACAGAUUUCAAGCAGAGGUUGGUCAAUCUCUGCCCAGCACUUCCAUACAUGAUAUAUAUGGUGUUAAAAACGAGAAUGGAAAACAAUAUUUAGCUCAAGGGAGGAGCAAUAGCUGGAGAGACAAUACAUAUAUAAAACAGGCAGAAAAUCCAUUUUUAGAGGCUACCUUUUACAAGGAAGCUAAAGCAACACCUCAAGAAAUUAAGAACAGAUGUAAAGCUAACAGUGUUAUGUCAUCAAAUAAAAAAGAAAAUAUUUUAGCAUCUAUACUAAAAAUACCAAAAUCUCCAAGCCAGCACGGCUUGGAAAUUGCCAAACCUUGCUAUUUUAGAGAUAACAGCACAAGUAUCCCUGAAUUUCCCACCGAUUUAAAUAGCAAAAUGUCCUCUGUCUAUUUAAAGGAAAUAGCAAAGGAAAAAAAUGGCAAAAAUGAGACAUAUGUUAGGCAUUUCACAAAUGUUUACUCUUCUCAAUACAGACCUGAUGCUAAGAGACAAAAGUUACAGAAUGAUAAUAAAAUUGUGGAUGCAGAAAAUACUUUGUCUGAGUACUAUGAAAGUAACCACCAAUCACUCAGCCACCAAAAUACUUGCAAGGAAAAAAAAGACGUGCUCAGUUUAAACUACUAUAAUCCCAGUAGUAUCAAAUGUGAUGUAAAAGUCUCUGAAAAGAAUAUUACUAUAAUACUAGAAAAUUCAAAAGAAGAAGUAACAAAAAUAUGCCCAGACAGUUACAAACCAAUUAGGUUAGAAAAAUAUCAGAGCGGGUACUGUAUCACUAGAUGUAUUUGGAAGAGAAGCAGGAAAAAUAACUGGAUUAUAAGUAAUUGCAAGACCACAUAUGAAAAUAUGGAAUUAAAUGGAAGAAGACUAAAUUUGCAGCAACUAUUGGAAAUAGACUUUUUAAACAAGGAAGAUUAUCACAAUACAAGAGUAAUGAAUGCAUAUGGAGAACAAUCCAAACCUCCUAUGAUAGGAACACUGGGUAGACAAAAAGUUUUAAUCAAAAAUGUUUGCUUAAGUGGCAAAGAAGAAAAUGAUAAUAUGCUACAGUUAAGAUAUUAUGCUACACAAAAAGGGUCAUAUUUAAGCAAUGUUUUUCAAAGUUUCAGUACAGGAAUUUUUUGUUUCCAUGAAACUAUUUCAGAAAGUAAAAAAUAUAAUAGUAAUUUAAUCUGGUCUGAAAAAUUAAAGCACAAAAAGAAAAUUGAGAUUCAGAAUCUAAUAAUCACAAAGAAUGAUGUUUUAAGCAUAUAUUUACAGAUCGGUGUUUCAGAAACUCUAAAUAUUAUAUUGAAAACCAACAAUAGCCUUGAAUGUUUAAUAAAAUGUGAAAGUGAGUUUAAAUUAGGAGAGAAGCACAUUUUCAAGUGGAUAGUUUAUUUGAAUUAUCCAAAAAUGAUCAUGGUGGAAAAUCAUUCUGCAUCUCAAAUAAGGAUUUUAACUUUUUCUCCCUUGGUAGAAGAUAAUAUGAGACCUGUGUUAAAGAAAAGGAAACUGUUUCAAACUGAAGAAGUUUCUAAAGCAUCUAAGAAAGAAACCAGAAAUUCCUUCUAUAUGGCUGCUGAAAUGACAUGUCUCCCAGUUUUUCAGAGAGAUGAAAAAAUCCCUCUUUUAGUGGACUUUGAUGGCAUGAAUGACAUUUUUUGGACAAAAGAAAUUAGUUACAAGGAUGAUUGCCCUAAAGGAGUCAUGAAUGUGGAAAAUUGGGCCCACUUUAGUCCAAUUAUGGUUAAAACAGAUUCUAAGUCUGGUCAUCUGUUUAUUCAGGACUACAAAAGAUAUAUUAAUGAAAAUUUUUAUGAAAUAAGUAUGCACAACCAAGAUUCAGAUACUGAAAGAGAACAGGAUCAUAGUAAGAUCACUGGGUUUAGUUCUGAGUGCAUAUCUGAGGAUUUCUUUAAUAUCAAACAACAAACCAUCCUGGCAAGCCACUUAACAAUAUGCAGUCAAACUAAUGCCAAGAUUAUAACUCAGCUACCAAAUUUUGAGAACUUGUUAUGUGAAAUUAAAGAAACAAAUUAUGACUUAAUUUUAGAGGAAAUAAAAACCAUAGCACAAAAUUUGACAAAUAAUUGCCAAGUUCAUGAAGAUUUUGAGAUAGAAAAGGAAAAGAAAGAUGAUUUUUUUUCAACAGAUGCUAUGCUGUCUGUACAGUCAGUUUCAUUAAUGAGCAAAGUAAAUGUGGAAGAUACUAUACAACCAAACCAAAUAUAUAUUAAUCAAAAUAACACUAACAGAAAUGAAUUUGAGAGCAAUUUGCAAGAAAGUGAGUUAGAUAAUUCAAAGCAUUUUCUUCUGAAGAACGGCUCUACAGAAUGUGUUAAUCAUCAAUUUGAAGCUGAUUUGAGUGCAGGGAACAAUGAAUGGUUUCAGGACUUAAAUGCUGAGUGUUUAUCAACAGAAGCUCUGACAAUAGGAAAAGAUUUUGAAAUGAGAAGUAAAUUUGAUUUAGUACUUGAAGAGCUUCGUAUGUUUCAUGAAAUUAGUAAGGAAAAAGAAAUUCUAAGCACUGUAGAAACAAACAUUGAACAAGAAUAUUACUUUGGAGAAAAUAAUGGUACUAAAGAAAUAGAAAAGCAGAUAAAAAAAGAUGUGAAAGUGGCUACAGUCAACAAAACAUGUGCAUCUUCUCUGCUCUGUGAGAGUAAAGCAAGUCCUCAUGUGCAUAGAAGACACCAACGUUUAUUUAAGUGGAAAACAGAAUCCAGUGAUGGAGAGCAAGCAGUUCCUAGUGAAAAUUGUCCAGGAACACCAGAGGAAGAAUUACUCUAUUCUACUUCUGAGGAAGAUUGUGAGAAACUCCUACCUCAAAGGCUUGCUUUGUUUUCUGAAGAAUUUAAGGAAGGAAAAUGUAAUUAUUUACUGAAAGAAGGUAGCCAUUUUGCAAAUGGAAUUUUAAGAGUACAUCCACUUAAGACAUGCAGUCGACCAAUCAGAAUUGGUUUGUCAAGAAAAGCUAAGCUGAAACAACUUCAUCCCUAUCUGAAAUAAAUAUGUUACAAGAAGUUAAAAGAAGAUAUUGGAAUUCAAUAUUUCAGAAUAUUCUCGAACAUCUAG